AUGGAUCAAGGACCAUGUGCUGGUUUUACGAAUCACAUUCGAGAUGAACCUCUGGGCGGAGCGUGCGUUGGUGUGGGCGGUGCUCAGCAAGACGUCUUCAGAGUGCAGAAAUUCCCCUUGAUUUCUCAACGGAGUUUACUUUCUCUCGAUGGAUCUCUAUCGGGUGUAAUAGUUCCCAUUGACGGCCAUGCGUAUGCGGGCAGUCAGGUCUUAGUGGAUUAUCGUUACCACGCGUCGGCGUCGUCGUCGGAAAUGUCUUGUGAAAGCGACGACGGAAUACAACGAGGCUAUUGA